AUGCGCGUUGCCUUCCUCCUCCUCACCUUCCUCGGUACCUCCGCCGCCUUUGCUCCAGCGGGCGACCCGUACCUCCGGCACGGGCGCUCUCUCGAGCCCACCGGGCUCUUUGCCCGCGAGAACUGGGGCUACGACGGCAGUGGCCAUCACCCUUCCGUUUCUGUGAGCAGCGACAAGAACACUGGUGCCGACAUCGCCAUCAUCGCUGCCCAGUCCAAUGCUGAGGGUACACCCACCAUCCUCGGCGACGCUCUCGAUGGCGGCCGUGCUCAACAGAUCCAGGACGCCUUCAAGAACCUCGGCUUCUCUGGCGCCGCUGGUUCGACCGUCCGCAUUAUCGGUGCCGAUGGCGACCCCGCCAAGACCCUUCUCAUCACCGGGGUCGGCAAGGAGGUUGGUCCCGAGCAGCUGCGUCGUGCUGCCGGCGUCGGUCUGCGUGCCGCCACUGGGUCUGCCGAGAAGGUAGCCGUCCUGUUCCCCACCGACGGCAAUGACGUCUUGCACGCCGUCGCAGAGGGAGCCGUGAUGGGCUCUUACUCCUGGAGCAAGUACAAGUCUAAGAAGACCGUACCCGUCCAGGAGAUCGUCGUCGUCAGCGGCGGCGACAGCGGCGUCGUUGACCGCGCUUCGACCCUCACCAAGCACGUCAACAAGGCUCGAGACCUCGUCAACACCCCUCCCAACGACCUCUACCCCGAGAACUUUGCGCAGAUGGCCCAGGACGCUGCCAAUGCUGUCGGCGCGUCCGUGGAGAUCUGGGACGAGGACCGCCUCUGUGAGGACGGCAUGAACGCCAUCCUCGCCGUCGGGUCUGCCUCGGCCCGUAAACCUCGCCUCGUCAAGGUCUCAUACAACCCUCAGGGUGCCUCCAAGCAUGUGUCGCUCGUUGGCAAGGGCAUCACCUUCGACUCUGGAGGCCUGUCGAUCAAGCCCACGAGUGGCAUGUGGGAGAUGAAGGGCGACAUGUCUGGUGCUGCAAUCGUGAUGCACGCCGCGCUCGCUGCCGCCGAGCUCAAGCUGAACACCCGCGUCACCGCCUGGUUGUGCCUGGCCGAGAACCUGGUCGACGGCGAGGGAUACCGCAACGGUGACGUCUUCACCGCGUACAACAACAAGUCGAUCGAGGUGUUGAGCACGGAUGCCGAGGGCCGUCUCGUCAUGGCUGACGGUCUGGGCAUUGCCUCCACCGAAAACCCGGAUAUUCUCAUCGAUGUCGCCACACUUACCGGUGCCCAGGUCACUGCCCUUGGUGAGCGUACUGCCGGUCUUAUGGGCGACCAGGGUGCCAUCGACCGCGUCAUCGCUGCCAAGGACCACACUGGCGAGCCGUUCUGGGCCAUGCCCUUCCCCGAAGAGCUCCGCGCCGACCUCGACUCGUACACCGCCGACAUCAAGAACGUCGGCUCCGGCCCCGGUGGUAUGCUCAUCGGCGGCAUCUUCCUCAAGGAAUUCGUCGGCGAGGGCGCCAAGGACAAGUGGGCACAUCUCGACAUCGCCGGCCCUGCGUUUAACGCCGGCUCCGCUUACGGAUACCAGCCCACUGAGGGCACGGCGUUCUCCCUCCGUACUCUCGUCAAGAUCGCCGAGCUCAUCAACCAGUAG